AUGUCGUCAGAGGCCGGUGAAGAGGGCUUGGACCUGUUCCAAGAGCCUGCUGAUUUCUACGAACCAGAAAAGCAGCCAACCUUCGCGUCUCAUCAGUUGCUUUCCGGCAAAGGGCUCACUGUUCGAUUGGUCGGUCAUAAUCCUUUGUGGGGUCAUUUUCUAUGGAAUGCGGGGCGAACCAUAUCCGAUUAUCUGGAAGAGCAUGCAGAUAAACUCGUAAAGGAUCGAACGGUACUUGAGCUUGGCGCUGGAGCGGGACUUCCAAGCCUUGUCUGUGCUCUCAACGGUGCCGCUCAAACGGUCGUCACGGACUAUCCUGAUGCUGAGUUGGUCGAGAAUUUACAGUACAAUGUUGACCACUGCGAACUGUUAUCUAAGCCUCCCAAAAUAGUGGCGGAGGGAUAUCUCUGGGGUGCACCUACCGAAGACUUAAUGAAACAUCUGCAUGAUAGUUCGAGCUUCGAUAUUCUCAUUCUUGCCGACCUUCUGUUCAACCACUCAGAGCAUGCCAAACUCAUCAAGACUGUGCAGCUGACUCUCAAGAAGUCACCGACAUCCCGAGCAUACGUCUUCUUUACACCAUAUCGCCCAUGGUUGUACGAGAAGGACAUGGCUUUCUUCGACCUAGCUAAAGAAUCGGGAUUCACCGUCACUAAGAUGUUCGAAAAAGUUAUGGAGAAGGUUAUGUUCGAGGAAGAUCCAGGGUACCACCCGCACGAGUGGAUAGAAAAUUUCCAGUCAGUAGAAUCUCCUACAAAAUCGCGCUAUCUCGCUUUGAGACCAGAUCAAGCUUUCGGCAGCUACGAAAGUGGAUGUUGUCUUGUUGCGCUUCAGAUGACAACCUUCACUAAACUUCUUGUCCCUGCACUCAUCAAGAGUGCCGCAGUCAUGGAUCAGUUAGUUAUGAAUAUCAGCUACCUUAGUGCACUAGGGCUGUUUCCGUCCCAUGACCUCGGGCGCAUGCUCAUACACCUCAUUACUAUUGACAAUGAUCAAAAUCACCUGUACGGAACAACAAAGGCUUGUAUUGAGCUUGAACGUCGGCGCCAUCGGUACUUGAAGUACAUCGACCGUCAGAAGCGGGUCGAGCCUCAUGGACAAAUCGACAGAGUGAUCAAUAGAGCCCAGAAAUUUGAGACAGGUGGCGACUUUUCUCGUCCGCAGCUGCACGAUGGCCCAGGUCUGACGAAUUGGAAGUAUCCUAAGGACCGGUUGCCGCACAAUGACACGCGACUAGCCAGCGCAAUGCCCAGCCUGCUGGCUUCGAAAAUGAAUAUGGAGCCGGAACAAGAUUCUCUAUGGUGGCAGAGCAAAGCCAUCUUUGACUAUCUAUCUGGCAGAAAGCAGGAGGGGAGAUUGUCGUGA